AUGGAAGCCACUAGAGAUUACGAACGAUAUUUGGCCGAAAUGCAACAAAGGAUUAUUGAUCGGCCAUUAAUUUUGGAACGACAAUCAAUAAUCGCUCAGAAGCAGAAAUUCAUUCGAAUGUACGAUGAACGAAUGGCUUCUGUUGGAAAGGGUCCUAUUAGAAGCCAGAGUGACCUAGCAAAACGACACGAUUCCGAUUUCUCAGCGGACACGUACUCGAUAAAGUCAAAGACAGAAGCGGAUGCAGCAGAAGAAUACCACAGUGAUGAGUUUGAAAACGAAAGUGGACCAUCGGAGAAGAACAAACGGUCAAGCAGCUCGAUAUCUUCGUCUGUUGGCACUUCACCCACCACAUCACAUUCGAAAAGCUCUUCAUUGAGUAAUACGGAAAGUUCUCCAUCGACAAAGCCGACAGCGUUAGAAAACGGCACUUCUUAG